AUGAUUGAGCUCACUCGUAAAGUCGCUAAACCUCACCACCACAUUAAAUUAAGCCAGGGUUUCUUCAAGGAUCUCACUAUGUGGCAACAGUUUAUCCACACCUGGAAUGGGGCCGGGUUUUUCCUCCCUACUUCAUGGCUAGACUCCGACUCCUUAGAACUCCAUACCGAUGCCUCAGGCACACUUGGGUACGGUGGGAUAUUAGGUCAGAAAUGGUUUCAGGGUAGGUGGAGACUCACCACCUGCUCAAUGCUCCUGGUAUAAGCAUUGCCUGGCAAGAGUUAUUUGCUUUGGUGGUAGCAUGCCACCUAUGGGGGGAUGAGUUUGCCAAUAAGCGUAUCGUUUUCUAUUGCGACAACCAAUCGGUUGUCAAUAUAGUAAACUCCAAACGAUCCCACAUUCCUAGGGUUAUGGAUCUGGUUCGCCAUUUUACCCUCUUGACUUUAAGACAUAACUUCUAUCCAAGGGCGGAACAUAUUGAAGGCAAGAAAAAUGACAUCGCGGAUUCCCUCUCUCGAUUUCAGAUGGAGCGUUUUCGCAGCCUGGCCCCUCAUGCAGACCCAGCCCCAUGUCCUGUACCCCCAACAAUGUUGGUGAUCUGAAUGCCGACAUCCAGAAGUACUUACGUCUCUCUGUUGCUGCCUCUACUAAACAAACAUAUACCUCUGGUGAACGUAGAUUUUUGGACUUUUGCACCCUCCACAGCCCACACAGGUCAACUUAUUUGCCCACCAAUGAAGAGACUCUAAUUCAGUAUGUUGCAUAUUUAGCCAAAACAAUUAAACACUCAUCCAUCAAGGGUUACCUGGCUGCAGUUAGACACCUGCAUAUCCGCUCAGGCUAUGACCUGGACCUUAAGAAAUUCUUGCGCCUGCAGUUGAUUUGCCGCGGCAUCAAGCGUUCCCAGGGCGAUUCUACCCGCAUUCGACUCCCUAUUACAAUAAACCACCUCAAAUUGUUCUUCCAACUUCUUGCAAUCCCAACCUCCCCUAGUUAUGACUCCAUUAUGGUAUGGGCAGCCAUGACCUUAGCCUUUUUUGGUUUCCUCCGCCUGGGAGAAAUGACCUGCAACUCACCCUAUUCAUCUACACGCCACUUGUCUCCAGGGGAUGUGACCUUUUUCCCCAGUAUUCAGAACCCUGACCAUAUGUCAGUUAGGAUAAAAAUAUCCAAAACUGACCCAUUUCGUUCGGGUCAGACUAUUGUUAUUGGAAAGACUGACCAGAGGGUCUGCCCUGUUUUGGCUAUGACAAAUUAUUUGUCCUACCGGGGGACCACACUAGGCCCACUUUUUCAGUACUUGUCGGGUGCUCCCCUCACAAAAGCGGGACUUACCUCCGAAACUAGGCAGCUUCUCUCUAUGUCAGGUUUUCAGCCCUCUCAGUAUGCGGGACAUAGCUACCGAAUUGGGGCUGCCACAACCUCGGCUUCUGUGGGCCUACCCCCUUGGCUAAUAAAAACACUGGGGCGGUGGUCCUCUGACUGCUAUGAAAGAUAUGUUCAGUGCCCACCUUCCCUUCUUUCUGGGGUUUCCUGUCAGCUGUUAGGUGAUACCUUAAAUUAG